GUAGUACAGUUUCCAGUUUUUUCUUCUUCUUCGAUUUCGUUUUGCGGCAAAAUCGAGAAGAAGCGAAGCAAAACAUUCCGUUAACUUACUGUUGAAAUCGAACAAACUAACGUCUGCUAGCUUUUGUUUGAUGCGAUAUCGGUGUAAUAAUGAGGUGCAUUGUACCCGGUUGUUAUAAUGCCCCUGUUAAACUUGCCUUGAAAGCACAUUUUCAUAGUUUUCUACGCGAUGCAACUUUGUGCCAGACAUGGCUGGAUGUAAUCAGACACCCCAACAUAACAGCCGAGAAAGUUUGCAAACGAGGACUAAGGUUAUGCAGCGACCACUUUGAAGCCACCGACUACCAAGGCGACCGUCUGAAGCCUGGAGCUGUACCCACCGUUUUCCCAUCUUUGGUUGAACCACUCGAGGUGCCCUAUGAGACACUGAACAAGCGGUUCAGGGCAGCACAGAAGAACAUUGAUCGUGAGACCAGUCACGUGACCAUGGUGGUGGCGGAGCUGGAGAAGACACUGAGCAGCUUCCCAGUGGUGGACUCGGUGGUGUCCCUGCUGGACGGGGUGGUGGAGAAGCUGAGUGCCCUCAAGAGGAAGGCUGCUGAGUCAAUCCAGGCAGAGGAUGAGAGCGCCAAGCUGUGCAAGCGGCGCAUCGAGCACCUGAAGGAGCACAGCAGUGACCAGCCAGCGGCUGCCAGUGUGUGGAAGCGGAAACGAAUGGAUCGCAUGAUGGUGGAGCACCUGCUACGCUGUGGUUAUUACAACACCGCUGUUAAACUGGCCCGGCAAAGUGGCAUCGAGGACCUGGUCAACAUUGAGAUGUUCCUAACCGCGAAGGAGGUUGAGGAGUCACUGGAGCGACAGGAAACGGCCACCUGCCUGGCCUGGUGCCAUGACAACAAAUCCCGCCUCCGUAAGAUGAAGAGCUGCCUGGAGUUCAGCCUGCGGAUCCAGGAGUUCAUUGAGCUAAUUCGACAGAACAAGCGCAUGGAUGCUGUCAGACAUGCACGAAAGCACUUCAGUCAAGCAGAGGGUGGGCAGCUGGAUGAGGUGCGGCAGGUGAUGGGCAUGCUGGCAUUCCCCUCUGAUACACACAUCUCCCCAUAUAAGGAUCUCCUAGAUCCAGCUCGCUGGAAAAUGUUGAUCCAGCAAUUCCGCUACGAUAACUACAGACUCCACCAGCUGGGAAACAACUCUGUGUUCACAAUUACACUCCAGGCUGGUUUGUCUGCCAUCAAGACUCCGCAGUGCUAUAAAGAGGACGGGACCUCCAAAAACCCAGACUGCCCUGUGUGCAGCAAGUCCCUGAACAAGCUGGCCCAGCCCUUGCCCAUGGCUCACUGCGCCAACUCCCGGCUGGUCUGCAAGAUCUCAGGCGAGGUGAUGAAUGAGAACAACCCUCCUAUGAUGCUGCCGAACGGCUAUGUGUAUGGAUAUAAUCCUGGGCCUGGAGUUUGCAUGUUCUCCCUGUGUCCGCGUGGGGUGUCCUCCGGGUACUCCGGUUUCCUCCCACAGUCCAAAGAAAUGCAGUCUCUCCUGUCCAUUCGCCAAGAUGACAAGGUGAUCUGCCCUAGAACCAAAGAGGUGUUCAGCUUCUCCCAGGCCGAGAAGGUGUACAUCAUGUGAGUGGGUGGGCCAUGUUGCAUUGGGAUGGAGGGGGGUGUUUGUGAGAGACUCACCUGACCCAGUCCUGUCCGGCCGGAGAGCGAGAUGGCUGACAGUAGUAGCAAGGCCUGGAUGCAAGGAGCCGCACUCAGACGCCUUUGUUCCUCGUGAAAAAGAGCCAAAAUGGCGACCAUGCCUAACCCCUCAUCUCCUGCUCCCAAAACUUUUCAAACCCCCCUCACUUUGGAGAAUCUGCAAUAAGUGUAAACACGGAACAAGAAUUUCAGAGGACUUUGGACUGAAUUAUGGAGAUAUCUGCGGUUAUUAAAAUUACUUAGUUUUUAGUUGUGACAUUUACUAAACUAGUUUCAUUGCAGUAGCGUGGUACAUAUGAACAGGGCUCGGUAUCAUAACUCAAAGUGCUUCUGCCUUUUCUUAUUCUACAGCAGGUCAGACUACAGGCUGGUCUCAUUGAACAACAGCACUGUUUUUUAAUAAUAUAUAGUGAGAAAUAUGUAGUGAGAUUUGAUUUACCUUUUUUUACCUUGUAUAUAUAGGGUAAUCCAUUGGCUGGGACGAACAGCGCAUGUUUUCAUUAUCUACAGCACCAUCUCCCACUUCUGCUCUCUCUAAGCGGGCUGGUUGCUGCUCUAUUCAGAAAUGUUUAGCAUUUGAAUUGUAGAAAAGCUUUUUAGAGACUACUUAUGCAUGUUUGUAUUAGUAGACUAGGAGAUUGCUCUUGUAAAAUUGCUGAUCAAGGUUGUUUAAUAAAAAAUUGUAAAAAAAAAAAAAAAAAAAAACAGCUGUAUUUUUUUUUCAGUUCGAGCUAGCUGUUAGAUGUUCAAAGGCCUAGUUUUAGGAGGUAUGGAGGUUGUGGAGGUAUAGAACUUAGUUAACCUUUUUACUGGAGGGUUAAAAAAUGGGCUAGAAACAACUACCUUUUUUCAUGUCUUGUAGCAUACAUGUUGACCGAUAACCUGAUCUUAGUAUCUGCCUUAAAAUAACCCAAUAACCUAGUUACUAUGCGGUAACUCUACAGAAACCACAAGAAUGAACCUGAAUAAAUAGCCAUAUAUUUAAUUAUGUCAAGUGAUGUAGUACCAAGGUGUACCACUAGGGAUCCUGACAUUCCACAACUUCUAGGGGGUGUACCUUUGUACUACAUCAUACGACAUAAUUCAAUAUAUGGCUAUUUAUUCAGGUUCAUUCUGGGGGCCAGACGUAUACAGGAACAAUUAGACUGGUUGGACUAUGGACAAAAUUUUAAGAAAAGAAGAUAAUUUAAUUUAAAAAAGCAAAUUGUUUUAACUGCUUCUGGAAAAUAAAGCAGUAUUUUUGUCUACUCAUGACGCAUGCAUUAGAGGUGAAAGAUGUCGUGUUGUUACCAGUUUGUAAGGUAUUUGUAUUGAAACAUUAUUUCGGUAUACAUUCAUUCUACACUGUACUUCAAGGAGCCCCGUAAUACAUUAGAAUCAUACACAAUUAUACCUGGUCAGGGUCCCUAUUUUCACAAAAAAUUUUAGCUAGCUAAAUUAAACAGCAAGAAGUAGCUUAGCACUAUUGCUUAAGAAUACAAUGUGUAGUCAACAGUGUUUGACAAAAAAGGGAAGGGCUAAAACAGUGUGCCUAACAUGCAAAACAUAGCGUGCAGACAAGUAGAUCUGUCAUUCAGGAAGAAGUUCUAAUGAAAUGCUGGCCCGCCUAUUGUUUAUUGAUUAACUUUUAGUAUGUUCGCUGCAAAAUGAGACUUGCCUAUUUAAGAAAUAAGGAUACUGUAAAUUACACACAUAAAUUAUUCACAGAAUCAUUAAACAAAAAUUCUAAAAACCUGUAUGCAUACCAAAUUAUUGAUAUAAAAAUGGCAAGCUACGCAGAAUAUAUUUCACAGAAGCUAUAUUCCAAAGCAAUGAUACCCAUAUUGUCCUACAUUUGUUAGGAGCUUGGCCCUUUGUUUCUUCAUCUUGGCAACUCAGGUGUUUGCUUCCAUAAUUGUCAAGUUAUUGUUGAGUAGAAGUAAAAAGGAUGAACAACUGACGAAUAAAAAUUAGUAGGGGUUGAUGGUGGUGGAUUCCAUGUAAUCACUCUUGUAGGAGGGAAACGCAUCAUCGCAUGCAACCUUUAGGGUGGGGUUAUCUUUUUUCUUCAACAACAUGAACCAAUAUUUAUUGAUAUUUGUACAGAAAAAUUAAUAAACUAUGCAUUUACUGUUACGGAAUAUUAUAUUAUUAUCGGAUGCGACAUUUAAUGAAAUACGUACUACCACUGCUAUGACCACUGACUAUAUCUUUCAGCUGAUUUUUGCUGUACUUGGGGGACUCCUUUGUGAAGAAAUUAACCUAAUUUGAGCUGUUAAUGUAGAACAUGUCAAGCCUGCAGCCUACCAAAUCGGGGUUAUGUCCAGUGAAAGCGAACAAAAACAUAAUGGCUUUUCUUUUUCCAAAUAUGAAUGAUAUUUCCAAAUCACAGAGCUAAGCCUUCCUCUAAAGUUGAUGUCACCUCGAUUUGCAACAUGGCCAUGACGUCAACUGCAAUUUCUCUAUAGACAUCAAUGGAAAAUUAAUGGACGAUCUCCUUAUGUGGAAAAAUGAUGCUCUGCUGCCCCCUCCUGUUGGACCCCUGUUGCAAGUAUUUCUCUCUGGCCAGCAGAACCCCAUGAAAAACAUGUCUUCAAUGUACAAAAAUGGCAAGUUACUCACAUAUACAAAGCACUAUAACCCAUUAACACUUGCAAAAUCUAGCCCUGCCAUUAAAAGUACUGAUAUCAAAAUUACGCCAAGUUACAAUAAACAAUAUUAGCUACCUUAACUAACACAAAUGAAACUUGGCCCUGUGUUUUUUCAUCUUACCAUGUGAAGAGAAUGUGGUCAUUCAAAGCAUAUGUGUCAUAUCAAAUUGAGAAAUGGCAUUUAAAGUGGGAAUAAUCUUACUGAAUAAUUGCAGCUGUUUUACAGCAAUGUAGGUUUUUUAAUGACUACGCAAUAUGUUUAAAUAAUUGCGGAAGAAUUCGGAAGCACAUGUAGAAUCAAACACAUGAAUUAAAUAGUUUUGUUUAGAAAAUUGUGUUGACAAAGAAGAUAUGUUGUUGUUUAACACUGCUGAAGAAAUUAUACUAUUGUACUUAGUAGGCAAAACUUCAUUUGAAUAUCAAGAGCCUAUAGUACAUGAUUGGGGCAAACGUGUGGAUAGAUUUAUAAAAUGAAAUAUGUAUUUCAGACGCUGAAAUAUGUACAAUUUUUAUAUGUAUUUAUUGAACCUCACCCCCCAGUCUUUUCUGUAUGGUGCUGGGGAAAUGUCUUCAUAGGGAUAAUGAAGUGUUCUAUGUACUGUAGUUAUGGAUGUAUGUAUGUGCAGCAUUGAGAAUAUUUUACACGUGCAAAUGUUGGAAAUGUUGAAGAGGUUGUACAUUUAGUAAAAUGAACUUGACAAGAAAGCAUGAGCAUAAUCUUUCUGGUGUGUAAGUAUUCAUCAGAUGUUGAGAACAUUCAUUUAAAUGUUCUUGCAUGGGGCCAGUUUUUUAUGUGAUACUUUGAUGUGACAGUGAAAAGUUUGAAUGACAACAAUGUGUUCAGCUGGUAAGAAGAGAGAACACAGGGCCAAGUUACUUUUAAUAAUUUAGGAAGCAUUGGGUAGCAGCAUUGGUUUCGAAUACAGCAUGUUUCAUUUGUGUUAGCUAAGGUAGCCAAUAUUGUUUAUUGUAGGCUGGCAUAAUUUUGAAAUCAAUACUUUUAAUGGCAGGGCUAGAUUUUGCUAGCCCUGCCAUUAUUAAUGGCUUAUAGUGAUUUGUAUGUGUAAUGUGGCAUUUUUGUACGUUGAAAACGUGCUUUUCUUCAGAUAUCAUUUCUUUUUGCAAAGUGUUAGUUCUGAAAAAGUGAUAACAGUAAUGCAUAUAAAUGUAGACUGUGAGAAGUAUAUGCGUAACACAUACCUACACGCCUGCAAACACGCAUACACCGUAGCCAGUGCCCAAUGUGGACUGGUGUGCUUGGGAAGCAGAACAAGAUUUUGGGUGGAGUGAAGUUUAUCACAUAAUUCAUGAUGAAUCAUGCAGCAGACCUGGGUGUAAAAAUGAGAAGUAACCCUUUAAGAAAUGGUUGUGGAUAAUGGUUAUCUUUUGUGAAUUUUUACAGUGUGAUAAACGUGUUCCAUUGAGUCCUUUCGCUUUGCUAUAUAUAUAAAGCAAUGGCUGUGACAAACGCUGGGGUGGAAGUAUAAGAUGCCUGCACCAUGAGAAACGCAACUGAUGUACGUACUCACUGAUGUGACAGCCGACCGACAAGCCUUCAUUGAGAAAAUUAUCGACAAGGUCCUUUCUUCUGACACAACCUUUUUGUUUAUGAGGUUUAAAAGGCAUUUGGAUACGCUUAGCUGUAGGUAUGACUCCUCCUUGUCUUCCUUAGGUUGAACACGGGCGUUACGUGAGAAUUCUGAGAAAAUAACAGUAGUAUGAAAAAAAUUACAAGAAAUGAUUAAAUUGAGUAGUUGAAACAAUAUGUGUUCAGCUGAAUGGGCAUUUAGGUGAAGUUUGACAUGAUCACAGACUAUAGUAGAAAGUAAAUAUACUGACCAUGAGCGUGAUAAAUGUCAUGAUUGAACGGUAUAUAAACCAGAUGGUAUGUGGUAUGAGAUGUACAGUGUACUCCUUCGUUCAAGGAGCAUGUGAAAUUGUGUAGGCAGACAAUUGUACUUCUUCCAUGUACAUUACUAGUCGUUAGAAUUAUAAAUGAAUCAUGUUUGUAAAUGGAAUGUUUUAUGGGGUGUUGCAGACAGUACAGAUAACAGUUCAUUAACAAAGUUAAGCACCUGCUUUGUACCCAUAUUACAGAACAAAAUGUACCAAUAAGGUGUCAGCUAACCAAAUGGCCAUUUUUACCUUUGUGUAUAUGUCUGAUCCACUUGUGCUUCCACUUCUAUGGCAAGUCUAUCCCAAAUCAACAUUCAUGAUUAUUUCAUUAUAUCUCUGUAUAUGUGUGUCUGGUAGGCUGGAGCCCAGCAGCAUGAAAUGUAUAAUGUCAUAUUAAUAUCCCAGGCUGUAUUAUAACUUUUAAAAAAUGGCAAUGAGCAAAACUAAAUAAAACAAAGCAUUUUUUUAACCUGGAAUGAAGGGUUUUAGACUGCUAUAGCAUUGUAUACACAUGUAUGGCAUUAAGAUGUCAUAACAGAUGCCACCCACUUAAUCUAUAGUCUUGUAUGUAUUACUAUACUGUUAAAUGAUUAUUAUUAUUAUUAUUAUUAUUAUUUGUAGUACUAGUAGUAGAAGUAGUAGCAUUUUUUUCAUUUGCAAAUAAUUUAGACUGCUGUGGCACUGUAUAAAAGGUGCCAUUCAGAUGUCAUGAUAGAUGGCAUCAAUUUAAUCUAGUCUUUCAUUUAUUACUGUUCUGUUAAUGUACUAUUAUUGUUGUUUUCAUUAUGAUCAUUUGUAAAGCAUUUUAGACUGCUAUGGCAAUGUUUAAAAGAUGCCAUAACAGAUGCUGUUGUAUUUAAUUUUUAAGAAAAAUUGUUUCCAUGAUGGAUGUGUUUCAAAAUAGAAAAUGUGGAUAAAAAGCUGGAAAACAGAUUUGUAGUUUUCUGUUUAGCAAUUUUCUGAAUCAGUACUAUUGUAAACACUGUAAAUAAACUAUUUUAUAAACAAGCA